AUGGCUCUACAAGAUAGCUCAUUUGAAGCAGACAUUGGUGGUAGUAGUACUUCAACUCUUGCUUUUUCUGCCGCAAUGGCUCCAAUAAAAUAUGGUGUUUUGGAUGUUGCCAAGGAUGACCGUAUCAACAAAGGUCAAUUGCUUUUGAAAAAUAACAAAGUGUAUGCAAAGGAUAUUGAGCAUAUGAAAUCACAUCAAGACAAAGGAAGAAUGUUAGCUCCACCAACACAGUCAGUGUAUGCAAAGGACAUGAGGUAUAGAAAAUUACUUCUAGACCAGGAAAGAAUGUCAGCUCCACCAACACAAUCUUUCAAGAAUGACCCUACACCAGCUCCAUGCCCUAGCUUGGAUGUAGAAGAAGAAAGUUCUGCUGCUUGUUGGAAAUCACUGGGGGCUAGCCUGCACUAUUGGCUG